ACCUACUCUGACAACCAGCCUGGUGUGCUCAUUCAGGUUUAUGAAGGUGAGCGUGCCAUGACCAAGGAUAACAACCUGCUUGGCAAGUUUGAACUCACAGGCAUACCUCCUGCCCCCCGUGGUGUUCCUCAGAUUGAAGUCACUUUUGAUAUUGAUGCCAAUGGCAUCCUCAAUGUUUCUGCUGUGGAUAAGAGCACAGGAAAAGAGCACAAGAUUACCAUCACUAAUGACAAGGGCCACUUGAGCAAGGAAGACAUUGAACGCAUGGUUCAAGAAGCAGAGAAGUACAAAGCUGAAGAUGAGAAGCAGUGGGAUAAGGUGUCUUCAAAGAAUUCACUUGAAUCCUAUGCCUUCAACAUGAAAGCUACUGUUGAGGAUGAGAAACUUCAGGGCAAGAUUAAUGAUGAAUACAAACAGAAGAUUCUUGACAAGGGUAAUGAAAUAAUCAACUGGCUGGAUAAGAACCAGACUGCAGAGAAGGAAGAAUUUGAACAUCAGCAGAAGAAGCUGGAAAAAGUCUGCAACCCCAUCAUUACCAAGCUGUACCAGAGUGCAGGAGGAAUGCCUGGGGGCUUCCCUGGUGGUGGAGCUCCUCCAUCAGGUGGUGCCUCCUCUGGGCCCACCAUUGAAGAGGUUGAUUAAGCCAGCCUAGCAUAGAUU